AUUCGUGACAUUUUCAACCGUUUUCAAGACUCAUAACUCACCGCAUUAGCCAUGAAGAACUUAUUGGCUAAGGGCAUAUCUGCUGCCGUUAUCUUGCCUAUGGUACUGGCGGCUGAUGGUCCCAUGGUCCCUGACUAUGAAGUCCAUUUGCUACUUGAUCCUACCGUGGUCCUUGGCUCCGACUUCAAGCUUACCCCUACGGUUCUUUCCACAUUUGCGAUGCCAACAACAGUAACAAAGAUUAAUGUACAGUAUAUCGACACUGUUUCAGAAGAUCUUUACAAUAAUGGCUGGAGUUGCCGUAUUCGGAACAUCGAGAAUGAAAGCGGGUUUGAUCUCACUUACAAGUGGCGUCUUCCAGUCAACAACGGAGAUAUUAAUGGUGCCCUAAACACGGCUUUCAGCUAUGGUUGGAACUCUGGCCAAGGGAACUAUAAUGCACAGAUUGACUGGCUCUACGCUUCACAAACUCUUUCCAUCCAACGAGAUUACACUGCUUCCUCAAAGGGUUACAGUGGCACGGAUGACCCAGAUGAGAGUGAUUCACGUAGCAUGUUGGAAUCAAACGCGCCAAACAUGUUUAAUGACUGGGUAUCUGAUAAUUGGGGCACUGAUUUGCUUGAGAGCGGCGUCAUAUAUGGCCCUGUUCUUACCAAGCGCUCGGUUGGCACAUGGAAUGGCGUUGAACUCGACAUUGAGGUCUGGCCAAUAGAAAACUCGAGCGGCACUGGAAUCGACUAUAUCGUUGAGGCUUCUUUCAAAACGGAUAAUUACACAUUUGCAUCAGCUGGCCGCGACCAGUUGAUAACCCUAUUGCAGAACGAGAGUUGGUUCUUGGCAGAUAGUUUAUCAAAGGAGGAUUUGGUUAUGGAGAACUAUCAUCCGACAUCGUAAGAAUUACGAUAGCUAUGAAAAUACAGUAUUUAAGGCAAGAAAAGCUUACAUUAAUAAGCAUUAUAUGUUAUGCAGUAUGUAAAAUCUAUUUUAGUGGACUACUUCAAAGCAUGAAAUGUCCGUAACAAGGCGUAUUAGAAAGAGCCGGUGCUUAGAAGUUUUCACUUCAGCUGGA